AUGUCCCCUUCCACCAAGUACAAUUCCAAACUCCAAGACAAGCGCAUUUUGGUCCUGGGAGGUACCUCUGGAAUUGGAUUUUGCGUCGCUGAAGCUGCCAGGGAAUCUGGAGCGACUGUCCUCGUGUCAGGGUCUAACCGGUCCAAGCUCGAGAACGCCAUUCAACGGAUACACGCCAGCUGCCCAGGCUCACCGAAGGGUAGCCUCCGGGGAUACGCGAAAGACUUGUCGGAUGUGAGCACGCUGGAAAGCAGCCUGGCGGAGCUAUUCGAGCAGGUCACCGAGGCUGGGAAAUACAAGCUCGACCACAUCGUCUACACGGCAGGCAACGUCGUCGGACUCGUCAAGCUGGACGACCUAGACACCCAUAUGAUCACCGCGAACGGGAUCAUGCGGUUUUACGUCCCGAUCAUGGUGGGCAAGAUCGCACCAAAGUAUAUGAUACAAAGUCACGAAUCCUCCAUCUCAUUCACCAGCGGUUACAGCAAUGUGAAACCGCGGGCAGGUCGUGUGUUGAUGGCUGGGUGGGCCGCCGGGGUAGAAGGUGUGGCACGCGCUCUCGCGGUGGACUUACGGCCCAUUAGAGUUAACUGCGUUUGUCCUGGCGCUGUACACACAGAGUUGUUUGAUCGGAUGCCGAAGCAUUUGCUAGAUCCGCUGGUGGGGAAGUAUGUCAGUGGAACUCUGACAGGGACAAUCGGACAGCCGGAGCAGGCAGCGGAAGCGUAUCUAUAUUGCAUGAGGGACGCUUUUGUAGAUGGGACGGUGGUGCACUCCAAUGGCGGAUACUUGUUGGGAUGA